GCUGUCAUCCCCGAGCGCGAACCUGUGAUUUCCACGCGCGCAACGUUCCCGCCAUCUCGAUCGAGGCCUACCUGCAGCGCAUCCUCAAGUACUGCCCGACCACGAACGAGGUCUUUCUCGCGCUCCUCGUCUACUUUGACCGCAUGGCGCGCAUCGGCCUCGAGGCGCAGAGGCUCGGCCUGCCCCGCGACCGCGGCGACGCGCACCACCCGGCCUCGGCGGCGGCGGGCACGACCGGCGGCGGCGGCGGCGGCGAGGGCCAGCAGCAGCAGCAGGACGCCGGCGGCGGCGCGCCCAACCCGAACAAGCUGUUCGCGAUCGACAGCUUCAACGUGCACCGCCUCGUCAUUGCCGGCGUCACCGUCGCGAGCAAGUUCUUCAGCGACGUGUUCUACACCAACUCGCGCUACGCCAAGGUCGGCGGCCUCCCGCUCCACGAGCUCAACCAGCUCGAGCUCCAGUUCCUCCUCCUCAACGACUUUCGCCUCAAGAUCCCGACCGACGAGCUGCAGCGCUACGCCGACCAGCUCAUCCUGUACUGGGUCGGCCGCAACGGCACGAGCAACCCGGCGGCGGCGGCCGCGGGACGGUCGCGCGCCGCGAGCCGCGCGAGGACGCCGACGACGUCGACCGGCGCUGGCGGCGGCGACGGCGGUGGCGGCGCGCACGACUACGAGCCGAGCGAGGCGGUCGAGACGCCACCGCUCACGCGGUCGGCCGUCGCUGCUGCGUCGGCGCAGGCGCGGCAGAGCGCGACCAGCGGCUCGACGCCCGGCUCGUCCUCGGCCUCGGCCGCGCAGCAGCAGCAGUACGGCGCCGCACACUCGUCGUCGUCGUACCCAGCGCACCUCGCCCACUCGUCGAGCAGCAGCGGCGCGCGCAUCCCGAGCGGCGGCGGCGGCGGCGGCGACGCGCACGGACCCACGUUCGGCACGCCGACGCAGCGCGACCGCGACCGUCUCGGCUCGUCGUCGUCGUCGCUCUCGCGACGCGCCGGGCCUCCCGCCGCGCACGCGCACGCGCAGGCGCAGAGCCCGCACCGGCCCCGGAGCAUCCGGAGCCACCCGUCGACGAGCAGCAGCUUCAGCAGCAGCACGGUGACGCCUGGGACGCCGAGCACGACGCGCGCCGACGACGACGACGACGAUGAGGACGAUGGGUGGGGCGACGAGGAGGACGAGGACGACGAGGAGGGUGCGGCAGAGGGCAAGGAGCGCGGGAGGGUCGGGCACGUGACGGCGCGGGAGGGCUCGCGGUCGAGGUCGAGGGCGAGGGCCGGCAGCUGGGGCGUCGCGGCGGGCGAGCCGAUGCAGGAGGACUGAGGAGGGAGUAAGCGAGCGAGGGUGGCUCGUCGCAGUGUCUAUCUCUUUCGCGCCCGCCGUGCUGUGCCGUGCCGUGCCGUAUCGUCGUGCUCCUCUUUCCUCCUCCUCCUCCUCUAGACGUCUCUCGUUCGCCGUACAUACCUUGUCGGCUCUCUGUCGUCCUCUUUGCCGCACCUGUGCUCGUAAUGCAGCUGUCGAGCAGCUCG